GCUUCGUUUCUUUUAUGGCUUUAACCAAAAGAAAAAUUUAAUCUUUGUUAAGAGUUUUAGACAAUUAUUUGGUUGGUAUUAUAUCGUCUCUGUCAAUCUCUAGUUCCAUCUCAAUCCAAGGCGAUGUUGUUUAGUGCUUCAGCGACACCACUAGUGCCCAGCUUGUGUCUUCUUGCGGCGGAGAAACCCGUCAAUCGUCGUCCUAUGAUGAUGAGACUCUCAGGCGGCGGAGCAAUUGGGUCUUCUUCAUCGUCUUCGAAUUUCGAUCUGAAGACGUAUUGGGGAACUCUGAUGACGGAGAUCAAUCAGAAGCUCGACGAGGCGAUACCGGUCAAGUACCCUGCGGGGAUCUACGAGUCGAUGAGAUACUCGGUGCUCGCACAAGGCGCCAAGCGUGCCCCUCCAGUCAUGUGUGUUGCCGCCUGCGAGCUUUUCGGUGGCGAUCGCCUCGCCGCUUUCCCAACCGCUUGUGCCCUUGAAAUGGUCCACGCGGCUUCGUUGAUACACGACGACCUCCCCUGUAUGGACGAUGAUCCUGUCCGCCGAGGAAAGCCAUCGAACCACACAGUCUACGGCUCCGACAUCGCCAUUCUCGCCGGCGACGCCCUCUUCCCACUCGCCUUCCAGCACAUUGUCUCCCACACCCCUCCCGACCUUGUUCCCCGUGCCACCAUCCUCAGGGUCAUCGCUGAGAUUGCCCGCACCGUCGGCUCCACUGGUAUGGCUGCUGGCCAGUUCGUCGACCUCGAAGGUGGCCCCUUUCCUCCUUCUUUCGUUCAGGAGAAGAAAUUCGGAGCCAUGGCUGAAUGCUCUGCCGUUUGCGGAGGCCUCCUCGGCGGUGCCACUGACCAUGAGCUUGAGACUCUCCGAAGGUACGGGAGAGCCGUUGGGAUGCUCUAUCAGGUUGUGGAUGAUGAGAAGAAGACCGAUGGAGCUAUCCAAAUGGCCCAAGAGCUCAAGGAUAAGGCCAAGAAGGAGCUUCAAGUGUUUGACGACGACGACGACAAGUAUAGUGAAGAACUUGUUGUUCCUCUCCAUACCUUCGUUGACUACGCUGCUCAUCGUCAUUUUCUUCUUCCCCUCUGAAUUUUCUUGGGCCUUAUACGGGCCUUUCUCCCUUCUUAAUGGACUCUUCUCUCUCUCUCUCUGUAGUAGUAUCCUUCCUUCUCUCUUAUUUUCAUCCCACUGCUUUCUGAUAUAUAUACUUUAUCUUCAGCUUAAUUUACAUGUCAUCCACAUUCUACUGUGUAUAUUUGUACAUUUAGGAGCGAUCUAAUAUAAUUACUACUCUCUUUUAUUAUUA